GGAAGCCGCGUCCUGGGCCCGCCCCGGCCCCGCUGAGUCAGGGCGCGGCGAUAAGCGCGGCCCGGCCCGGCCCUGCAGCCGCGGCCCGCCAUGUGCGGGACGUGGGCGCUGCGGCUGCCGCUCCUGCUGCCGCUGCUGCUGCCGCUGCUGCUGCUGCCGCUCCUGCCCCCGGCACAGUGCCUCAAAAGCGGUGCUGUGACUGUCCCAGAAACACUGCUCUUCAUAUCCACUCUGGACGGAAACCUUCACGCAGUGAGUAAGAGCACAGGUGACAUCAAAUGGACCCUGAAGGAUGAUCCUAUUCUGCAGGUGCCGGUUUAUGUGGCAGAACCAGCGUUCCUUCCAGACCCCAACGAUGGCAGCCUGUAUAUCCUGGGAGGAAAGAACAAAGAAGGCCUGAUGAAGCUCCCGUUCACCAUCCCGGAGCUGGUUCAGUCCUCACCAUGCCGCAGUUCGGACGGUGUGCUCUACACUGGGAAGAAGCAGGACACUUGGUUCAUCGUGGACCCCAAGUCAGGAGAGAAGCAGACCACUCUCUCAACAGAGGCUUGGGAUGGUGUGUGCCCAUCAAGUCCCCUGCUCUACAUCGGCCGUACCCAGUACGUCAUCACCAUGUACGACACCAAGUCGCGGGAGCUGCGCUGGAACGCCACCUUCUCCGACUACUCGGCACCGCUCUGUGAGGAGUCCUACCACUACAAAAUGGCACACUUCGCCUCAAGUGGGGACGGGCUGGUGGUGACACUGGACAAAGAGAGCGGGGAGGUCCUGUGGGCACAGAACUAUGGCUCUCCUGUGGUUGGCAUCUACCUGUGGCACCAGGACAGCCUCCGCCGCGUCCCCCACCUCAACCUGGCCAUGGAGACCCUGCGCUACCUGACCUUCCACUCGCAGGACAUCCACGUCCUCAAGUGGAGCUACCAGUCCGUGAAGAACUUUGCUGCUACCAAGACCCAGCUACUGCCAGCGCUCUAUGUGGGGAAGUACGCGACCAGCUUCUAUGCCUUGACCUCCCUGGUCCAUGGCAGUGUGGCACUGGUGCCGCAGGGCAUCACACUGGCCAGGAUUGAUGGCCCCACCACGGAUGAUGUGACCAUGAGCGAGUCAGGGGAGUGUGAGAUCACACCCAGCACCGAUGUCAAGUACCCGCAGGGCAGCAUCACCUCUCUCCACAACCAGUGGCUCCUAAUAGGGCACCAUGAGCUGCCUCCCGUGGUCCACACGACCAUGCUGCGAGCCUUCCCGGAGAACCUGAGGAAGACAACAGAAACCAUCAUCCCCAGAGCUCCUCCUGCCAGGACCAUGUUUGAUGAUUUUCUGGCCCCAGGUGGCCUGGAGCAGCCAGCUGUGCGCAGCGAGGGGCAGUUCCAGCCAGACCCCGUGCCGAGGGAGCAGGUGGAGGUCUACCCCGAGGCUGGCAUCUGGGACCUGGUGAUGGCUGGUGUUGGCACAGCUCUGCUGGCCGGGGGAGUCCUGUUCCUCCUGCUCACGAAACUGCAGAAGCAGCAUGAGGUGCAGCAGCAGCAGCUGGAGAAGCAGAUUCAGCAACUGCAGCAGCAGCAGGAGAUGCUGCUCCCAGGUCGGGGCUCCAGCGAGGGUGUCCCUGUGGGGCCCGUGGAGCGGGGGCCGAGCCAGGGAACCAUGUCACAGCUCUCACAGAGCUCCAGCCCCUCGGCCUGCCUGAAGGACUGUGCUAAUGGGAUGGUCAGCCCUGAUCCAGCUGUCCCGGUGGCUGCUGAAGAUGCAGAACCAGAUGUGAUUGUAGUCGGGAAAAUUUCUUUUGACCCCAAGGAUGUUCUGGGCCACGGAGCUGGAGGAACCUUUGUCUUCAGGGGACAGUUUGAUGGCCGGAACGUGGCUGUGAAGCGCCUCCUGCCCGAGUGUUUCCAUCUCGUUGACCGCGAGGUCCAGCUGCUCCGGGAGUCAGAUGAGCACCCCCACGUCGUCCGCUACUUCUGCACAGAGAAGGACAAGCAGUUCCAUUACAUCGCCAUCGAGCUCUGCUCCGCCACGCUGCAGGAGUAUGUGGAAAGCCCCAGCUUUGACCGUCGCAGCCUGGAUCCAGUGUCCCUCCUGCACCAGACCAUGUCCGGGCUGGCCCACCUCCACUCCCUCAGCAUUGUCCACCGUGACUUGAAGCCAUGUAACAUCCUCAUCUCUGUCCCGAAUCACCACGGGCAGAUCCGAGCAGUCAUAUCCGACUUUGGCCUCUGCAAGAAGCUUCAGGGGGGACGACAGAGCUUCAGCCUCCGCUCCGGCAUCCCUGGCACCGAGGGCUGGAUUGCGCCCGAGGUGCUGCAGGAGACGCUGAAGGAGAACCCUACGUGCGCCGUGGAUAUCUUCUCAGCUGGCUGCAUCUUCUACUACGUGGUGUCAGGAGGACAGCACCCGUUUGGGGACAGCUUGCGGCGACAGGCCAACAUCUUGUCAGGCUCUUACCAGCUGAGCUGCCUGCAGGAAGAAGCUCAUGACAAGCUUGUUGCGAGGGAGCUGAUUGUGGCAAUGAUCAGCCCCGAGCCCCAGUGCCGACCCUCAGCGCCUGUGGUCCUUGUGCAUCCCUUUUUCUGGAGUCUGGAGAAGCAGCUGCAGUUCUUCCAGGACAUUAGCGACCGCAUAGAGAAGGAACCUGCUGAGGGGCACAUCGUCUCGGCCCUGGAGGCGGGGGGGCGGUCAGUGGUGAGGACCAACUGGAGGAUGCACAUCUCCCUGCCGCUACAGACAGACCUGAGGAAGUUCCGCACCUACAAAGGGGGCUCGGUCCGUGACCUCCUGCGGGCCAUGAGGAACAAGAAGCAUCACUACCACGAGCUGCCAGCUGAUGUCCGGGCAGCCCUGGGUUCUGUCCCGGAUGGCUUUGUGCAGUAUUUCACCUCCCGCUUCCCUCGGCUGCUGUUGCACACGCACAGGGCCAUGAGGGUCUGUGCCCACGAGCGACUUUUCCACUCCUACUACCACCAGGGACCAGGAGGCGACAGCAAGUGAGCGGGGAUGCACACCGGGAUGGCACCCACGGUGCAGGGCUGCUGUGGCCACUCCUGCCUACCCUGCCUGUACCUGCAGCUCUGUCUUGCAGCAGGCAGGAGCAGCCCCCGGGGCACUCAGCAUCCUUCUCCCCCUCCCCAGGGUGAGGUGGGGGCCUCAGCAAUAUGAUGGCUGCCCAGCAUACAUGUGGGUUACAAGCAGCAUGGUCCAGGAGAGGUGAGCACAGGGUGGCACUGUGCUCUUGCCUCGGGUCUCCCGAGCCCAAGAGGGAUCCUGGGGGCACCCGCCUUUGCCAGCACUCACAGACUCAGCGCCCCGAAGGCAUUUGUAUCAGAGAACAAAAUAUCUCUGCAGUGGAUGUGGCGCUUUGACAAAAAGAAAAUGCAUUUUGCAUUUUCUUGAGGGCAGCUGGCAUAGCAAAGCACGGGCAGGGUGAUGCAGCUGGGCUGGGGUGCUCACCAUGGAUGGGUGAGCUUCAUCCUGCGCGUUCUCCCGUGCCACAUGCCUGGUAAAGCAGCUCUUGGAGCAGGUGUCCAGCAUGGCUGUGGCCAGGGCUGAUGCACUGGUCAGCUUCUUGCAGCCACCCCAGGGCCUGGACCUGCUAUUUGCAUCAGGGCUGCUGAGGGCAAGGCAGCGUGGUUGGGGCCUCCAGCACAACCCUGAGAAUGAAGUUUUUAAUCUCAGCUGGGCUGCGAAAAAGGUUUUCUCCCUUUUGGUCAGCAGCAGCUUGUAAUUAUGCCAGGCCAGAGUCCCCCCAUUAGUCCCACGCCCAGGAGCCCUGAGCAGUUUGCUCAGCAGUUGUUGCAGGACACAAAGGCAGGGAAACCCCUCCUGCCCGUGGCCUUUCCUGCUGGCACGGGGGCCGUGAGCAGCCUGGGAGCCAGCGUGGCAGCUGGAGCCCCUCAGCAAGGCUUCGUUUUUGAACAGCAAUGAUUUUGUACGGUCAGAUUCCUCUGGGUGCUGAGGUGUGGGUUUUUGUUACACAGGUAACAUUGGGUUGGUAUCCAGUUUCUUCUCAGAAUCCUGUAUGGCCUAAAGCAUUUUAUACAUAAUAUUAUAAAAAAACC